AUGGGUGAUGGCUGUUUGUUUCGCCUUUUGGUGCGAGUGUCUUCCGCUGUCCACCUUGGUCGAACUGUCUGUUUCACCACCGGCCGGAGCUACCACCAGGAGAAGCAGCUGGCGAGGACAGAGCUGGAGACGAUGGUAAUGUAUAGGGAAUAUGGGAAUGUCGAACGAGGGACGUCUUUCCACCUGGGAAGAGACGGGGAGAGAGCAGGCGAUGUAGUAAAAGGAAAGACGGCGGCUAAAAAAAAAAAGAGCGUGGAGUCGAGACGGGAGCAGCCCUCGUCAGGCUGUCUGUCGGUGGAAGGAGGACGAGGCCGGCGAGAGGAAGAAGAGGAAGAGGAGGACGAGGAGGAGGAAGAAGGAGAAGAAGACGAAGCGACGGCGAUGAAGAGAUGA